AUGCGAAAACAGCAGGAUCGACCACAGAGCCCUCCAGCUUUGAGCAGAAGACCUGUCAGUCCUCCUGGAUUGAUGUACAAACAGAACGAUGCCUCAAUCACGGAGAAGGGCAGGGGCAAAGAUAGUCCUACAAAGCGUGGAGUUUCGCCUCCAGCUUCGCCUAGGAGGCCCUUAUCACCCAAGAGAGGUGUCUGGUUUGGGCAGAAGGAAGAAGUGACGUACUCAGAAAGAACCAUUUCCAAGACCCCCCAAAAGGACGUCAGAGAGCCAGAGCUUGCAGUGGAAUAUUACUAUAGUACAUCAACAGAUACUUGGGCAAAGGAAAAGGUUCUUGUUGAUUUUUCUGAUCGUCCAUUCGCGCGAGGUGCACAAAAUGUUUGCUUUGAAGUAAAAGAGACAAAACCGGAUGGAUCUCAGCGAAAAUUGGUAGCCAAGAUGCCUGUGGUCCAGUUACCUACUCAUGCAUAUUUUGACGAUGCUAUGACGCACGUUCUGGCACGUGACUAUGCAGACGCUUUCAAUGCAGAAAAGGUCUGCGAACGGAACCUUACUUUUGUUGAAGUUUUCGUACUCAAACUAAGUCAAAGAGACAACAUGCUAAUUCAUGCAGAAUCUAUGGUCGAUCCAGUGAAACCCUCGCGCCAUUCAACGAAGGGCCAUCAAAUUGACGAUGGCGACUUAGCUGAAGCUUUUGCGCACUUCACCUGGGAGGCGUCAGGCAAAAGACUGUUGAUUGAUGGAAUACGGAAGCUUGCUGGCGAUGUUUUUUGUGAUCCAUCAGUGCAUAGCUCAACAGACCUGGGGUUCGGACGGAAGAAUCUUGGCAUCCAGGGCAUCGAUGAUUUUUUUCGUACUCACAGAAAGGGGACCAUCGCCAACCUUGUUGACGAAAAGUGA